AUGGGCUCCUCGUACGGGUGCUGCCACGGAGCGUCGCAGAGAGUUGUUUGUGACCCUGAUCAUAAAUCGGGCACAUCCCUUCUCUACCUCGACAGAGAUUUUGACGAUCUGGCAUCGGCGAAAGCAAAGAGAAGAGACAACACGUCCCACGUGUCUGGAAAGCUGCGCGGUGUUCCUGUUCUCAGAAUACCUACGAGCAACUUCCCAUUGAUAGCCAGCAGUAUUGAGAGAAGUGCGGUGGAUGAGUUCAAGCACAUGCUGGGUAGCCAUGGUGUAGACACAACAGGCUGGGGCAGAGAUGGCACGAAGGCCAUCGAGCAUUUAUUUUGGGAGCUCUUCGUCCAGCAUGGCAGCAUUCUAACUGGAAUUGGGACUGGAAAGCUGAAACGGGUCACACGAAUCCUGAAACUGCAGAUUCUCGCGGAUAUCAACGGAGUCGACCACGUCAUGGUGUCGCGCUUGCAGUUCACGCAUGACGGCCAGCAGGUCCAGCGUCAGCAGCUUCCUUUACGGAGGCUCUGCUGGAAGAUGCCUUCAGACAAUGCCUUGCUACAAUCCUGUGAAAUCAACCUUUGCGAUGAGAACAAUGAAUACGCAGAGUCCUGGAAGAGCUGCUGGCCAUCAGUUCUGGAAGAUCGACUUGGAAUCUGUUCAUCACUCCAGCAUCAGCUGGAUGAGGUCGCCAGCGCGUACAGCUACCACACCGAAGACAAUGCCCUCAGCGAGGGCUACCCCGGCUUGAACACACUCUACUGUGUGCACCAGGCCACGUUUCGGGUGACAAACCCCGCACAUGCCAAGGUGGCGUGCAUUGGCCUCCCGCUUGGGCAGGACUUUGCCACGGCUGAUGGCAGCUUUUGCUUGGAGAGGUUUCACAGCGAGGACACCUUGCCUAUAGGUUCCCAGCUCAACGUUUGGUCAUGGUUCCCUCGCCAGGAGUUUGACAAGGCGAGUGCCCAGAAGAGCUUCUCGGAACCUACGAAGUGCAAGCAGGGAGGAGAAAUCAAGGUGCCUGAAGGUGUGGAGAAUGAGUUGAUGCUGCGGAAGCGGGUUCCUGUUUCAGACGGCGUGUCCAAGCUCGUAUCCUUGGAAGUCACGGGAGCAUCCACCGGCAACGCCAAGAAAGCCGCUCCGAACACAAAGUUGCGCCGGGUUCUAUCGAAAAAGAGAACCGACUGGGGCACUGUCAGGAAGAUGGCCAGCAAGAUGCUCGAUGUUAGCUACACCCUGCAGCAGUUCACACAGGACCUAGCUGCAUUUCCAGAGCUCUCGCUCUAUUUGCGUGAUGGAGUAGUGGAGACUGGAUCAGGGCGAACAGCUGAUGACGAGUAUCAGCGCACCAUGUGUGCUUUCUUUGCGAUCUAUUGGCUGAUGCGUCUGGACAUCGACGGUCGGCAGGGCUUCUGCUUCGGAACGGACGAGACCUGGACAGCCUUGGAGGAGUCUGCAGUUCAGGAUGGGCAGGUGGCCAUGAAGAGCGGGACUGCUCCAACCGAGCUGCAGAGGCGUCUGUACCAGCUCGAGCGGCGCUUGGCGUUCUUUAACAAUGCCCAGUGGAGCUUUUUUCGUCGGCUUAUGGUUGAUGCCGGCCUUCUGGAACAGACGUGCCAGGGUGGCAGGAACACCUUUCGCAUCAACGAGACUCGGAUGGUUUCGCUCUUGGCCUUGACAGCCAUCCACGACAUCAUGAAAAUCGAGAACCUGCUGCCAACGGUGCAACCAGAGCAUGAUGGAUACCAUGGCUAUGCCGCUGGAGAUGUCAUCGGAGACCACGAUCACGCCUUGUGCUACGUGAUGGAACACUAUCCGGACCUUCUGCCCUCGUUCAAAGACCUUGAUCCAGCAGAGAGACAGUCGGUUCAAUUUACGCAGUGCAACCUGUGCUUCAACCAUGGCUGGCUUGUACAGGCAGAGGCCCCUCCCGGCGCGAUCUUUACGAAGUUCCGCGAGGCUCUUGCGCGAGACCACAGGCAUGGUGGGGCAAAAGACAUCGCCCUCUACUUUGUACAUUGGCUGACUGACUUGGCUGGUGCGGAACCGACACCCCUGGGUGGAUGCGAGAAGUUCGCGAUCAAAUUUCCGCUUCAUGUGCUCAACAGCUUCCUCCAGUCCUUCAAGUUCAUUGAGGGCAUCUCGGUGCGAACCGAGACUCAGGUCAUGGAGAAGUAUCUGAAGUACCGCUGGUCAGACCACGUGCCAUCGCUCGGGGAGCCACCCCAAGGCCCGCACGCUCUUGCAGCCAUGAGGCUGCUGUGCAUGGCGCAGGCAAAUGGGCGGACCAUCGUCGACGCUUUCAAUCAAGAGCUUCCUUCGGAGGACAAGGAUGUUCUCAGCAUCGAAAUGUCCCGGACUGGCUGCGCAGGCCAAUUCUUCAGCCCGGAUCUGACACCUUCGGAGGUCACCAAAGCGGCUGGGCCGGCCUUCCUGGUCUACUAUGGGCCAGCUUUUCUGCAAGCUCUAGGUGCAGAUUGUCCGGUGCUUCGUCUUCGGGUCCUUAGCGAGAUCUACCGUUGCGCUCGAGAGUUAUGGCCUGAGUCGCAAGCCGCGGCGGCAAUGUCUGUGCAUAUUCGCAUCGACACCAUCAAGGGCCUGGCGGUACAGGAGAUUCAGGACGUGCUUACCAAAGGCGAGCUUUGGCUGGUGACAAAGCACAACGAGAGUGAGGCCUUUGUGGAGCGUGCCUCUCACCGAAAGCUGAACAGGUUUGUGCGGAGCUGCCAGAAGUUUCAAGUUCUGGAUCUCGGUUUUCUGUCUGAGAGUAGCAUUAGCUGA